AGAAGUUCCUAUAAAAAGUUGAAGGUCAUCCCGUUGUUUAAGUACACUAUGCACUUGGACAGAGUAUGAGGUCUGGAAAACGUCAUUCCCACAUCCUAGUUACUAAUUAUACUUAAACACUAGCUUAAUUUUGAACAGCGUGCUGUUUGUUAGUAGAAAUUGUUACGUGAUCACUAGCUGUAGGCCGAGAGUUUAUAAUCUGAAAAAUGAAUAGUCAGGAGUCGCCAAACUUGGUUGAGCAACCAUCCUACGGCUGGCGAAGAUACAGGCCUGGUUUUCUCCAAUGUUGCUUGACGUCAAAAUGGGUUGCAGCAGCUUGCUGCUUUUUAAUCGCUACAGAGAGUUUUAUUGCCACUGGUUUGAGUGGAGUCACAAUAACCUCCCUUGAAAAGCAAUUUUAUUUGCGAAGCUUUCAAGUCGGUGGCAUUUUAACAUGCUAUGAAGUUAGUUCAGUCGUUCUGGCCCUAAUUGUAAGCUAUUACGGACACGUCCACAAAGCAAAAUGGCUUGGGUUCGGUGCGAUAGCACUGGGUUUUGGCUGUUUAGUGUUCGCCAUGCCUCAAUGGUUAAGCGACAGAUACUCUCCAACAAUAUCCCAGAGAAGUGAUCUUUGCCAAGUGAAUUCCACCGAAGAUGCUGGUGCAUUAACCGAAGAGAAAUGCAGAAGUGUUGAAUGGUAUUACAUAUUUAUUUUUAUCCUUGGGCAACUCUUGAUUGGUGCCGGAGCCUCGCCGAUAUACAAUCUCGCUAUUUCCUAUGUUGACGAGAAUGUUUCGAGAAAGAAUUCUGGAAUGUAUUUGGCAAUCUUGUAUGCCAUAUCUGCUGUAGGCCCAGCACUGGGCUUUCUGCUUGCAGGAUAUUUCCUGACCAUUUGGGUUGAUAUAGAACAGCCAGAGGGCGUGAAUCUUUCGCCAGAUGACAGCUCUUGGGUCGGUGCUUGGUGGUUAGGUUUUGUUUUCGCGGGAAUCGUGGGGUUAGCAGCCUCGAUUCCUCUACUCGGCUUCCCGAACCAGCUUCCAGACGCUAAAGCACUACAAGAAGAAAGGAAAGUCGCUAAAGACUUCAUCCCUGAAGAGGAGAAACCUCGCACAUUAAAGUUGUUUUUGCCAGCGCUGAAAUCCAUGUUGAAAAAUAAAGUGUUCCUUUUCACCACCAUUGGCAUCACGGCAGAAGCCUUUCACAUCAACGCGGCGACGUUUUUCCCAAAAUUCAUCGAGUUUCAGUACAACGUGAGCUCCAGCGAUGCCAGUUUGUACAUGGGGGGAGUUGCGGUCCCCGGCGCUGCAGUUGGGAUACUCCUCGGAGGGUAUCUUAUUCGUAGGUUUAAAUGGGCAUGCCAGGAGUGCGUGAGGGUAAAUGUGUUGGUUGGAGCGAUAUCAACGCUAGCAUUGUUUGUAUUCUUGAUUCAUUGUCCGAAUAGAGAUAUCGUCGGGAUGACAACGUCUUCAAACAGAACCGGAGAGAACUCAGUGAAGAGUUGUUUCACAAACAACUGCACUUGUAAUCAAAAUUACAUCCCAGUUUGUACCAAAGAAGACCAGAGAACGUAUUUCUCCCCUUGUUAUGCGGGUUGCACACAACAGACAAUCAUUGGCGGAGAAAAGGCCUACGCAAACUGCAGUUGCUUACCUGGAAAUCUGACUGUAGCUUACGACGGAGGUUGCAGUGUCGUUUGUAACUCCUUGGCAUAUUUCAUGACCAUGAUAUUCCUGCUGGUAGUAGUUGUAUUCAUGAACAGCAUUCCAGCGGUAACCGUUACACUGAGAUGUGUUCCUCAGAGCCAAGGAUCGUUUGCACUCGGUGUACAGAUGUUUAUUCUGAAGCUGUUUGCUUUCAUUCCUGCACCGAUUGUGUUUGGAGCGUUACUAGACUCCGUGUGUAUCUUAUCGUUGACUGACCCAUGUGACGACAACAGCCAGAGAAAUUGCUUGGAAUACAGAAAUGAUCAUUUGAGCUACGUUUUCCUGGGAGGGAUGGCAACGUGCAAAGCAGUCGCAGUGACCUUCUAUUUCCUAGCCUGGCGCUAUUACAAGCCACCCAGCAGCAAUACAAAUGAAAAUGUUGAAAUCCCUGCUAUUGACCGUUCAGAAGCAACAUAGUUAAUAGCCUUCAUAUAUAUUGAUUGCUGAGCUUGGCUUUUGAAAUAGAUUAAAGACUUUAGUGAAUAUACUCAUUCAUAGAAAGACGAACACAACACACGCAUGUAAACACAGAUAAUAAAUAGCUAACUCGAAGAUUUAUACUAUAAUAUUUCUAGAAUAGAUAUAGUUCAGUAAAUGUCAUGGAAUUUGGGUUAACAUUUUUCAGUUGGACAAAACUGAAAAUAGCUUUGCUUGUCAACAUCAGUUUACAUAUUCACUAAUGAUUUAUCUUUUAUUCAGAUAAUUGAU